GGAGCAGUCCGGGGCUGCACAGAUACUGCUGGGACCCACUGCUUCUGUUCCGUGCCCGGCAUGGGAUUGCUGGAGCUUUGUGAAGAAGUGUUCGGCACCGCCGACCUUUACCGGGUGCUGGGUGUGAGGCGCGAGGCCUCGGAUGGCGAGGUCCGGCGCGGCUACCAUAGGGUGUCCCUACAGGUGCACCCAGACCGGGUGGGAGAAGGCGACAAGGAGGACGCCACCCGCCGCUUCCAGAUCCUCGGGAAAGUCUAUUCGGUUCUAAGUGAUAAAGAGCAGAGAGCAGUAUACGAUGAGCAGGGAACCGUGGACGAGGACUCUGCUGUGCUCAACGAAGAUCGGGACUGGGAGGCAUAUUGGAGGUUACUCUUUAAAAAGAUAUCUCUAGAGGACAUUCAGGCUUUUGAAAAGACAUACAAAGGUUCUGAAGAAGAGUUGGCUGAUAUUAAACAGGCCUACCUGGACUUCAAGGGUGACAUGGAUCAGAUCAUGGAGUCUGUGCUGUGUGUGCAGUACACAGAGGAACCGAGAAUAAGGAACAUCAUUCAGCAAGCCAUUGACGCGGGAGAAGUCCCAUCCUAUAAAGCCUUUGUCAAAGAAUCGAAGCAAAAGAUGAAUGCAAGGAAAAGGAGGGCUCAAGAGGAGGCUAAAGAAGCAGAAAUGACCAGGAAGGAGUUGGGGCUUGAUGAAGGGGUGGAUGGCUUGAAAGCGGCCAUCCAGAGCAGACAAAAGGAUCGGCAAAAAGAAAUGGACAAUUUUCUGGCUCAGAUGGAAGCAAAGUAUUGCAAACCUUCCAAAGGAGGAGGGAAAAAAACAUCUCUCAAGAAAGAAAAGAAAUAAUGGAAUUUUUCUCUUCAGAGGUCCUUAGGACCUAAUUGGUACCUUUGUAAAGAUGCGGUCAAGAUUUGAAGACACCAGUCAACCCAAGAGAACUUGUCUUUCUAGCCUAAGUUGUCAGAU